CGCUGUGCGGCUGUGCGGGCACUAGUAUAAUCGUGAUACUACGAAUACGAUGAGGGUACUAGUCUCUUACGUAAGUAAGCGUUGCUCGGGCUCUGUUUACCAGCAGGCCUGGCGUUAUCAUGCAGCGUCCGAAGUUUCUGCAUCGUUUUUCCGGAGUCGAGUUUUGAACUAUAGAAGCAUCCAAUUGCAGCCCUAUAGAAGCAUGUCUCAGAGGCCGUCAAGUGCCAGUCCCACCGCCCAAAAGGUGGAUGACGAACAACUUAGUCUGACACAGACACACAAACCUAGUCCUGCACAUAGUCAGCAUAGUACUAUAGAGCCAAAUGCGUCAUCGCUCACUUCAUCAACCAGCAAUAUUCUACUGUACAGUACGUCCAUGCGUGUGCUCGGAAUUGAAUCGAGUUGCGAUGAUACGGCUGCAUCGGUUGUGUGUGGUGAUGGGGUGGUCUUAUCAGACGCAAGACACUCACAACAGAAGGAAAUGUCCGAGCUAUACGGAGGCGUGUAUCCCAAAGCCGCCGCAUUAGGUCAUGCAAAAUACAUUGACCGCGUGGUUGAGAAGGCACUUGUGGAUGCUAGUUGCACAUUGGCAGACAUAGAUCUGGUAGCUGUUACGAUUGGUCCUGGGCUGGCACCGUGCCUAUCGGUAGGUCUGGGGAAAGCCAAGGAACUGGUGAAGCUGCAUGAUAUACCACUUAUGUGCAUAAACCAUCUGGAAGCACAUGCACUCACCGCACGGCUGAUCGAUCAAACACUGGAGUUCCCGUUCAUGGUACUGCUGGUGUCUGGAGGUAACUGUCAGCUCGUGCUAGCCGAAGGUGUGGACGAGUAUCGACGGCUGGGCCAGACACUUGACGACGCACCAGGGGAAGCCUUCGACAAGACGGCCCGGAUUCUAAAAAUAGAAAGCAGUGAUAUCAAAGGGGGGGUGGCUGUGGAACGAGCGAGUGAACGCGCCCGUGCACGUGGUGAUGCGCCUGUGAAAUUUAAUGAGCCGAUGAUCAGGCGCAGGGAUUGCAAUUUCUCUUUUUCUGGCUUGAAGACCAACUUAAGGCGGAAGGUGAAGCUGUAUGCCGAGGCGCAAUUCAACGGGACAGACGCCUGCAAUGCAGGAGAAGAACAUACCCAGACAGUACAUUCUGCAGAGCACAGUACUGGAGGUGACUACAUCGAUCAUGCACACACGGAUGACACUUUCGUGUCCGCUGAUAAGAAGAUCAAGCAGCAGCAAUACCACGACGCCCUAGCAGCCGGGUUCCAAGACGCCGUGUUCGACCAGAUAGUGCGCAGAAGUGCCCGCGCGUUGCUGUACGCCGAUAAAAAACUUGGUUUACAGGUUAAAUCAGUGGUGAUAUCGGGCGGGGUGGCCGCCAAUAGUGAGCUACGGCGACGAAUGACUACGAUGCUGCGUGAACGUGAUGUUGCGUUGGCGUGUCCGCCGAUUGCGCUGUGUACCGACAACGCGGUGAUGAUAGCGUGGGCUGCCAUUGAGAGGUGUAAAGCAGGCGUCCCGGUAGAGGGAGAUUCAGAACAGGCACAGAGCAUUCGGUUCCAUCCUGACUGGCCUCUUGGUAGUGAUAUAUCGAAAGCCGUCGCUGCGGCGAACAUGAAAGCCUGGUGAACUAUAUAAAGCCGAUUGGUCAUUAGCGAUCGUGUGGAGUGUUUCCAAUGGACUCCGACGAACGUGUCUCGGCACUCACUAUAUCGUACAAACAAAUUAUUACUAAGGCAACGCUAUAUCGUACAAACAAAUUUUUACUAAGGCAACACUAUCUAACACAAAAAAAAGGUACAAAGGGAAAGCUUACCGAGACGUUCGGCGGAUUGGUGGAUUGGCUUUGCACACGGCUCCAACGGUAGUCACUCGGCUGUGGAUUCCGCAGGGCGCAAACUUUGAGCGAUGCAGUGCAGUGCAGCAUUAAACCACUGUGUAGUGAGUUAAACC